AUUAUUGUGAUAACAGAAAGUCCCUGAGCUCAUAUAUAAAGAACUGUGACACAUUUAGAGUUUCUUUCAUCCAUAUUUUGGAAUCUGCUGAGUGUGAUGUCGGUCUCCCUUUUUGAAAUGAUUUUGGCUCAAAGGCUAUAUGACAUAUGUCCUUUUUUUGCCUCAGGUGUCAGCCACAGAUGAGGACCGUGGUUCAUUUGGUGCCAUAGCCUACACCUUGACUUCAAGCAGUGGAGGCUUAUUGCUGGCACCCUUUACCAUCGACAAGGAGACUGGCCAGCUUUGCACAAGCACAGCUCUUGACAGGGAUGAGGGAUUGGACAAGUUUGAUUUGACGGUCACUGCAACAGACGGAGGUGGACUGAGUUCAGUAGCUCGUGUAAGAGUCACAGUGUUGGACAUUAAUGACAACAGGCCCAUCUUCUAUCCAGUCCUGUAUACUGUCAGUCUCAGUACCCAUAGUGCACCAGGUACCUCCGUCGUCAAGGUAACAGCCAAUGACCCCGAUAAUGGUGAAAAUGGCAGGGUGACCUAUCGCACUGUACCUGGAGGGGGCUCAACAUUCUUCACCCUUAACAAGGACACAGGAGUGAUUUCUCUCUCUCGCUCACUCCAUGGCAAAGCCAACACAGUCAUCUCCAUGGUGAUAUCAGCUGAGGAUGGCGGUGGUUUGACGGCACCGGUCAAUGCCCGGGUGAACGUGAGCGUGGUGGGUGGCUCUGUCGCAUCUCCGGUGUUUGAACAAGCACAGUACUUUUUCACCGUGCCCGAGGAUGUUCUGAGGGGAACAGCAGUGGGGACGGUCCGGGCUGCUACUAAGACAGGUAUAUCUAAAGGCAUCUUCUAUUCCAUCUCAUCUGGAGACCCUGAUGGCUAUUUCACAGUGGACAGUGCUUCUGGCACAAUUCGCACAGCUCUUCCUCUUGAUCAUGAAACCUGCUCCAGUCUUGACCUGGAGAUCCAGGCCCGCUAUGGCUCUCCUCCAGCCUAUGGAACCAGCCGUGUGCGCGUAACCAUCUCAGAUGUAAAUGACAAUUCCCCUGCCUUCCUCCCUUCCUCAUCAGAGUCCCUCCUUUUGCCUGAGAUCACCAAAAUGGGGACUGUCAUCUACCGUAUUCAGGCCACAGACAAAGACUCGGGUCACAAUGGCCUGCUGAGCUUUGAUUUAGUCUCUGCUGGAGCUGCGGGCAGCAGCGGCCAGAGGACGUUUGGUGUUGACCGCGGCAGUGGAGAAAUACGUCUAAUUGGAAGCCUCUCAUACGAGAGUGUGCCGCGAUAUGAUCUACAGGUGAUUGCCAAGGACGGAGGAGCCCCUCAGCUCAGCUCAACCUUCACCCUUGUGGUCCACAUACAAGCAGAAGAUGCACAAGGCCCCAAAUUUGACACCCUCACGUACCGAGUGGAGCUCCGGGAAAGCACACCCCUCAACACUCGUUUCCUCCAGGUCCGAGCACUCAACAGAGAGGCUUCUGGAAAUGGUGGGAGCUCAUCUUCUUCCUCCUCCCCCAUUUCCUACCGCCUCAGGCCGGACGGAGAUGCUGCCGGCUUCGGCAUCUUGCCAGACAGUGGUUGGCUGUUUGUUCGCAGCUCUCUGGACAGAGAAGUGAAAGACAUGUACCUGCUGACUGUUCUUGCCACGUCACGCUCCGGGGGAGCAGGGAGAACCGGCAGCGCAGCUGUCAGAGUGACUGUGACCGAUGAGAAUGACAACUCCCCGAGACUGAGCCAGGAGAGGGUGUUCCUGGCAGUAAGGGAGAACCUGCUGGCAGGGACAGGCUUUGGCAGAGUGUCUGCUACAGACAGAGAUGCGGGCCUGAAUGCUCGGCUCACCUACAAGCUGCUGCACUCAGACAGACACUUUCAGAUCAACUCGCAAACAGGCGAGAUCAGCACCCGCGUUGCCCUGGACAGAGAGCAGCAGUCCAGCUACCAGCUUAUUGUGGUUGUACAGGAUGGAGGUACCCCUCCCCGCAGUGCCACUGGUACCGCUCAUAUCACGGUGCUGGAUGAAAAUGACCAUGCCCCGGUUUUCUCUCAUGUCAGGCCUGACAGAGAACUGCUGUUUCAGGUAACUGAAGGCCUUCCGUCUGGCACUGUGGUUGGGACAGUGAUAGCCAAAGACCCAGAUGAGGGGGAGAAUGGAACCGUAUAUUACUCCUUAUCGGGCUCCAGAGCCGAGCGCUUCUCCCUCAACCCCACCAGCGGCGAGCUCAGAACCGCUUCCCCCUUGAGAUGGGCAGAACGAGCAGAGUAUGUCUUCACUGUGACUGCAGCUGACCACGGCACACCAGGCCUCAGCUCUGCCUGCCAGAUACGAAUACAGGUUCUCAGCUCCUCCAGGUCCAUCCCAAAGCCCAAUGUCCUUUCUAUGAUCCUGAACACGGUUGAAGGGGCCCCUCCAGGAUCGAUCAUCGGUUCGGUUCGCUCACGCGACCAGCAUGAGUCAGCUGUUCUGGAAGGCCAGGUGACCUACCUGGUCGUGGGAGGGACAGACCACGAUGGGACCUUCAUGGUAGACCGUUUAAAGGGUGACGUGUACCUGGUGCGUGAGCUGGACUACGAGAAAGGAUCGAGAUAUACGCUGCACAUCGAGGUGUCUGACUUCUCCCAGGCAUUUCCGAGCAGCCACCUUGUGAAACUGGAUAUCAACGUGCAGGACAGCAAUGACCAUGCCCCACAGUUUUUAGAAGACCCCAUUACCAUUGUGAUUGCCGAGAACUUAGAGCCAGGAACUUCUAUACACACAUUCCAGGCUGUGGAUCAGGAUGGCAGUGGACCAAACAGUGAACUCCACUACUCCAUUGAGCAUCACUGGCCUGACACUCCUGACCUCUUGACCCUUGACCCAACUAGUGGAGUCCUGAGCCUGGGACAGAAGUUAGAUCGUGAAACCACGCCCUCCCUCUACCUUGUGGUGCGGGCUACAGACCAGGCAGUGGAUCCCUCUCAGAGGCGGUGGGGAUCAGUGACCGCUCGACUGUUUGUAACAGAUGAAAAUGACAACGCUCCAGUUUUCAGCUCCCCAUCUGCGGUCAGCGUCAUGGAGGAUCAACCUGUAGGGUUUGUAAUCUUGUACGUUAUGGCACGAGAUGCAGAUGAAGGAGAAAAUGGCAGAGUGUCAUACAGAAUCCAAGCAGGCAACAGCGCUGGUCGCUUCAGUUUGAACCCCAACACUGGCUCUUUUUCCAUCCUUAAAGCUCUGGACCGUGAAGAACAAGACAUUUUCAAUCUCACAAUUGUUGCAGAGGAUCAUGGAAUACCUCAACUUUCCACCUCUCAGGUGCUAUGUGUGCAGGUCAUUGAUGUGAAUGAUGAGGCUCCAGUUUUUCAAAAAGCUGAGUUCGUGACCCAGGUGAUGGAAAACAAAGGACCGGGAACCACAGUGCUGACAGUAUCUGCCACUGACCGGGACCAAGGUUCCAAUGGCCAGAUAAGAUAUGGAGGUGUGACUGAAGAUGGCUUCAUCAUCCAUCCUAUGACAGGAGUCAUCACUACCACAAAGGAGCUUGAUGCAGAACUACAAGAUCACUAUACACUAACCGUGUACGCCCGGGAUGGAGGGGUUCCUCCUAACUUUGCAAAAGCCGUGGUCCGAGUUGAGGUGCAGGAUGUGAAUGACAACGCGCCAGCCUUUGCUAAGCUGUGGUAUGAACUUGAGGUGCCAGAAAACCAACCACCUGUGGAGCUUUGCUUUCUCAAGGCUACAGACCCUGACUCAGGUCCCGGGGGGGAACUGGAGUACAGAAUCACCGGUGAUCCUGAUCGGGAUUUCCAGCUACACACCAACACAGGAGCCCUAUCCACCUCACGUAGGCUGGACAGGGAGACAAAGGCAGAGUAUAAACUUGAGGUGGUGGCCGCGGACCGUGGCAGCCCGGCCUUCAGUGCCACUGUCACAGUGCAAGUCAAAGUUCUGGAUGUCAACGACAACAGCCCCGUCUUCAGCAAAAGCAGCUACACAGCAGAAGUUUCAGAGGAUGCUGCAGAAGGAAUCCAAGUGUCAGCAAAAGAUGCCGAUGAGGGAUUUAAUGGGAGGAUUCUAUAUUUCCUCAGCCAGGAGGCACAUGGAGCAUUUUCGGUGGACGAGAACACUGGUGUUAUCACCACAUCAGCCCCUCUUGACAGGGAACGACUGGCAUUGUAUAGCUUCCAGGUGUUUGCAGUGGAUCUUUCACCUGCUGCACCUAAGAACUCAUCUGCUCAGGUGACUGUCACUCUCAUUGAUGUCAACGACAACGCUCCCUUUUUCAUCCAAGAUCCAUUGAUCAUUGAAGUCUCUAGCAGACGUUCCCAGCGGGUCUUAGCCACCAUGAAAGCUGAGGACAAGGACUUUGGAGCCAAUGGUUCUGUGUUUUAUCGUUUUGCCACCCCAGUGAAGGGCUUUAGUAUCAACUCUCUUACUGGGGAAAUUCAGGCCACUCAACCACUGGGAGAGUUGACCCAGGCUCAGAGGACCCUGAUAGUGGAAGCCAUGGACCAAGGUAGCCCAGCUCAGUCUGCACAAGGAGUGGUGGUGAUUUAUGUUAAGGAAGUGGAGUACAGUGGCAUUAAAUUCUCUAGAAAUGCAAGAGAUGUCAGCAUACAGGAGAAUGCUGCAAAAGGAACAGCUGUUGCUCAAGCUCAGGCCCAAUAUCCAGAUGGUACACAUACAGGGAUUAGCUACAGCCUCUUCAGCGGAAACCGAAAGCAGGCUUUCACCAUCAGCUCCUCAACAGGUGAAAUCUGGGUUCAGAGCUCUAAGGGACUGGACUUUGAAGACACACCUAGACUCCGUUUAGUUAUAAAGGCUGCAACCAUGUCCUCCACAUCUUUCAUGGCUAUCAACUUGGUCCUGCAGGAUGUCAAUGACAAUCUUCCUCGCUUUCAUCUGCAAAACUAUGUGGCCUACAUGAAAGAAGCACAAGGAUAUGAAAUGCCAAUCAUACGGGUGGUGGCUGAGGAUGUGGAUCAAGGCCAAAAUGGUCAGGUGACAUACUCCAUUCAGUCAUCAAGCAUGAGCGGCCUGUUCAAGAUUGACCCUGUGACAGGAAGCAUCACCACAGCAGCUAUCAUGGACCGUGAGAUCUUUACACAGACCAAGCUAGUCGUUACUGCAACUGAUAGAGGAAGUCCACGAUUGGCUGGCUCAGCCACACUCACAGUGAUAAUUGUUGACCAAAAUGACAACAGUCCCACUAUACCCUUGCCCCAGGAGAUUCGCAUCCCUGAGAAUACUUUGAUAGGUACAGAGAUCACCCUUGUGACAGGCAAUGAUGUUGACUCCAGCCCAGCUCUCUCCUACUCCUUGCAUCUGGACCCAACAUCCUUAGGCAAGUUUGGGAUUCAUCGUUACAGUGGAGGCGUGUCACUCACCGGCCCUCUGGACUUUGAGGAGAAGACCUGGUACACCCUGACUGUUCAAGCUACAGACAGCCAGCACCAGACUGAGGCUAACAUUACUAUAGUGGUGGAGGACGUCAAUGACAAUGCGCCCGCAUUCACUCAUGACCUCUAUCAGAUUACGUUGCCUGAGCACACACCAGCUGGCAGUGCAGUUAUCACAGUAACAGCAACUGACAGGGAUUCCGGAGAGAACGGAAAAAUAACCUACAGAGUGAUGUCAUCAACUCAGGAGGGUUUCUAUGUUGAUCCCAACAAUGGAACCCUGUUCAUCAAUCACAGAGCUGAGUUUGAUCCUGAACGUCUUUCAGUCAACAUUGUUAUAGAAGCUUGCGAUGGAGGCUCCCCUCCUCUCUCCUCUCUGGCCACAGUUCAGGUUCAAAUCUCUGACGUCAAUGACAACGCUCCUGUGUUUCACCACUCAGAGUACAGGGCCACAGUUUCUGAGGACACCAUCCCAGGGUCAACAGUUUUGACUUUUGAGGCCUUUGACAGUGACCUCUCUCGGGAAAACUGUGGCUUCGACUUUGCCAUUGCCAACGGGAAUGAGGGAAACGUAUUUCAGAUUGAAAGCAGCGUGCGGUACCUGGAAGGGCGUGGCUUUCAGACAGUGGGAACUCUUCUGUUGGCUGAACUGCUUGACUUUGAGACCAAGCCAUUUUACAACCUCACUCUGGUGGUGUCAGACCGCGGUGUGCCCCAGAGGAGCUCCAAUGUGGCAGCAUUGAUAACCGUUGCUGAUGUGAAUGACAACCCUCCACUGUUCAGCAGAGCAGAAUACACUGUCUCUCUCAGUGAGGGAGCUCCUUCUGGCACUGAGAUUAUACGACUGACAGCUACAGACCCAGACUCUACUCCCAAUGCUGAGGUCCAGUAUAGUAUCAGCUCUGGUGAUGAGGUUAACUUGUUUUCUAUUGACCAGUGGACCGGUGCCUUACGCAUUCAGAGAGCACUUGAUCGUGAGCAUCAAUCAACACAUAUUGUCAUUAUUCAAGCCACAGAUGGACUGGGUCACUUUGCUCUUGCUCCUGUCAUUGUUGAGGUCAAAGAUAUAAAUGACAACCACCCAUUUUUCCCCGUGGAGGUCCUGACAGCAAGUAUCAGAGAAAACCAACCAGCAAACUCAGCUGUGACUGUUCUUCAUGCCAUAGACCAUGACACAGGAGUUUUUGGCCAACUUAAGUACUACAUGGUGGAGAGGUCGGGGGCUGGAAAAGACAGCUUUGCUGUUGACCAGAAUUCCGGAGAAAUACGGAGCAAAAUUCCAUUUGACUUUGAGAAGAUCAACUCAUUUAAUUUUGUGGCAUUGGCGGUAGAUUCAGGCAACCACUCAGCCACUGUGACUGUACAGGUGUUCGUCACAGGUGAGGAUGAGUAUGACCCACUUUUCACAUCCAAUGAUUUUUCUUUUGAAGUCCCAGAGGGAGCCAAGAAGGGCCAGAGCAUUGGCCAGCUCCAAGCAGAUGAUGAGGAUGGAGGAGUGGAUGGCAUCGUUCUUUACUCUCUAACCUCCAAUUCACCAUUUUUUGACAUAAACAAAACCACUGGGGUGAUUUUCCUCAAGUUGGACAGUUCAGGCAGCAGCGCUGGGUCUGGCCGGGCUAAACAUGAAACUAGGACAAUGACCCUGGAUGUAAAAGCUCACAGUCCCCUAGACACAUCUCGCACUACAACGGCCCAGAUUUCCAUCGAUGUUACCAACACCAACUUUGGCCUGGCUGCCGACGUCAACAUCCUGCUUAUUAGCAUAAUUGCUGUGUCUCUUGGGUUUAUCAUAUUACUUGUAGUCAUGGCUGUUGUAGUGUUCCUGGUCAAGUCACGCAGGAGGAAGAAAGGUCAGGAUACAGGAAACCGCACUGUUGCCUCAGGAACUGCCAUGAAGAAACUUGACGAGUGCAACCCAGGACCAGGAGGAGAUAAUAUCUAUCACCAAGCCUUGCCAGGUUAUUCUGGAGAACAGGGUGGGGCUGGUGGAGGACCCUACACUAGAGGAGGCUCCUUGGAUCCAUCUCACUCCAGUGGAAGAGGAUCAGCCGAGGCAGCAGAAGAUGAUGAAAUCAGAAUGAUAAAUGAGUACCCCCGUGUAGCCUCCAUCACUUCGUCCAUGCAGGAACACAUCUCGGCCAGAGGGCCAGACUCUGGAAUCCAGCAGGAUGCUGACCAGCUCUCUGAUAUCUCCUGUGAACCUGCCGCUUUGGAGGGCAGUACCUGGUUCAAAGGCAAGAAACUGGGAGGCAGUCUUAGUGGGACAUUGCUUUCUGGACAGCUCCCUGUCUAUAGGGAUGAGGGAGGAGGUUACCUGGGAGUAGGCCGUGGAUUGAACAUUUCGCUUCCCAAGGACUAUGCCUUCCCUGAGGAUGGAAAACCUUCUGUGGAUGGUUCCCUCACCGCUAUUGUUGCCAGUGAUGAGGAACUUCGUGGGAGCUAUAAUUGGGAUUAUCUUCUUAACUGGUGCCCACAGUUCCAACCUCUUGCUAAUGUCUUUACAGAGAUUGCCAGGCUGAAAGAUGAAACUGCUCAGCAGAGUCAAAACCCUCGCCAACCCUUCCAACCCAAACCGAAAAUAGAUCCUAAACCAAGAAUUGACCCUCCACCACUUAUCACAUCAGUGGCCCACCCGGGUGCCAUGUCAGUUCCUCCAAAAGUUCCUGUGAUUGGGCGGACAUUCCCCCAUUUGGCCUCACUCCGCAGGUCCCCUAUAAGUCACGAGGGAUCAAUUUCAUCUGCAGCAAUGUCACCAAGUUUCUCCCCUUCAUUGUCUCCACUGGCUGCCAGAUCUCCAGCUGUUUCCCCAUUUGGAGUUAACCAAGGGCCCUCAGCGUCCAUGAUCAGCACCAGGGAGCCAUCACUAGACCACAGUCCCGAUCACGAGAUGAGAAUAUGAACGAGAUACCACCGAAACUUUCAAGAAAGAUAUUUAAGAUAGACUGAUGUUGUUUUGUAAGUUAGUUGUCGUGUGACUGAAGGAUUCCUAAAAUGCCCUGAGAGACAUUUGUUCCAGGCCUAUUGCCAGUGACUUAUGGGCAAUAAAAUCGCUCACAAAGACAAACUUAACCUUCUGCUGUUUGAAUAUUUUCAUUACUUCUUCCAGUCAUUGGCAGAGUUGCAGGAACACACAAAAGUGGAAAUGUACUUGGUUUGACAAGACCAGUUCACACUUCCAUUUUCACCGAGACGCAGGUCUCCAUGAACUGAUCAGGGUCAGGAGGUAAACUGAACUCUACGUGGGAGCAUGUACUCACCGAGCCCUGCAGUCAGAGAUCCCUUAGUGUGUAGAUAAAUAAUUGUGUAGUUUUCUUGUUACCUCACUGGCUGGCCAGAGAGCUAAGGACCUUGUCCCUCUCUUUGUGUCUGUGGACAUUUUUUACACAACAGUAUUAAACUCCCGCAAUGGCUGCUUUCGAAAUGGCCUCGGGACACGGGCAAAAAAAACUGUGUUCACAAGGACUCCAACGAAAUGAAUUGCCAAGUCAUAGCCCAGUUGGAGAGUGAUUGAGAUUGUCGUUUUUUUUCUCACCAAUACAAAUGACCCCUCUUUUGGUUUUACUUUUAUUUUUAUAUUUUUGUAUGAUUUAAGAACUAUUAUUUUACCAUGAGAGGUUAUUGGUUUUGUGUAUUUGCAUAUAUGUAUAUGAGUAUGUAUGCAGGCUAUGCUAUGUACUGUAAGUGUCUCUUGUGACAGUUCUGAUGUGUGUGCGUGGGAGAUAUUUGUUUUUAGCAUUAUUUAUACGAAAAGAUGAUUUUCCGCCACAAUUCGACAAUAGGAAACAGAGCACAUGAUGUGUUGUUACCUUAAGAUGUGUUCCUUUUUUUUGUCAAAGUGUUGAUCAUCCCAAAAUCAAAACAGCAGCUGGAUAAAAAUCAGUCGCCAAGAAAUAGAUGCCUGCUUUUCCAGUUGAUCAUUCAGCCGUGGUGUGCCCUUUUGCAUAAUGGCAGAUUAAUUGUUGAUGACCUCCUUUGUGAAAUUGUGCUUCCUUAACUCAGCUACACCAGUCAUUAGUUUAAAUGUUUUACUGUGAAGUGGUGCAUCUCAGCUUAAUGGAAACAGCAGGAACACAGUGCUGAGAUUCUCUCUGGAAAGUGGCAUACGUUGGAGAAAUGUAGCAUAUGAGCCAAGCAAGUGGGAAGCAAAACCCCUCAGUGCAUGAAUGUACAAUGAUUAAGCAACUGGUGCAGUAUUUAUAUAACUUGUUAAGUCUCAUUUUUGUUUGUUUAUUUCAUUAAUAAUUAUCUUUAGCCACAAAAAUGAGGUAUUUUCAGGUCCCACAUGUUUUCACUCAUCUGCACUGUUUCUCAUAUUCAAGUUUUGUAAGCCAAAGGUCUCUGAGAGUAUCUUUGUCCAUCUUUCAUGUGCAUUUAUUAUUCUGGCCUGUUUUUUAUUAAAUGAGGCAAGCGUAGUGACAGAAUGUCUUCUUGUUUUCAAGAAAUGGCUUAUACCCUUGUUCUGUGAUCAACUUACCCCACCAAGAAGCCUUGCACAAAGCUGGCACUGGUUUGGCUUAAGGCUACAUACGCCAUCAGCCAAACUCUUGCACAAAACGUUCUUGAGCUGUUGUCAUAUUGAAAAUUUCUGGAAAGGAAAGCCUCAAUUUUAGGUUCAAUGACUGAUCCAGCGACUGAUCUAAGCCAGUGACUGAUCAAUGGAGAUAUGUCCUAAAAAAGAGCUGUACAUGUAUUCAAAGCAAAUAAUAAAUUCCUACUGAUCUCUUUUGGCAAACCGGAGUUGG